UUUUUAAAAGCAGAACCCACCAUCUCUCUCAUUCUCACAAUUAAAAACGCUGCUCAACUCUCUCUCUCAAAAUCACGCUGCUCACAUCUCUCUUUCUCUCGCUCGAUUCCGGCGUCCUUCUUCCCGGCGAGUCAUCGCUGGAAACCAUCUCUCUUUCUCGCUCAAUCCAGCCAUCUCCUCCCUCGAACUUCCGCCGCCGCGGCUCUUCUCUUCAACGGCGAGGAGCGUCGCUUUCUGUUGCUCCGGCGACUCACAGCGAGGUCGCCGCGUGGAGCUGCUGCUGUUGACUACUGCUGUUCAGCUCUGGGCCGCGACCAGCGGCGCUUGGCCUUCGGCCGCGCCGCCCCGCUCAGCCGCCUGGAACUGCUGCUGCUCGCCCGGAGUCACGGCUGUUGCUGCUGUUCACCGAGUUCCGACAGCCACCACCAUCGUCGGCUGCCGCUGCCUCGCCCAAGGCCGACUUCUGCUGCCAAGCACCGAACGCCGCUGCUGUAGGGAGGCCGUCGCCGCUCACUACUCUCACGCACACGUUUGUGCCGACAUGACGGAGGCAAGGGUCGAGCCAUGAUCUCUCGGCUCUAUUGUUGCUGUUCGGUUAAUGGCGAGAGACGGCAGCACACGUUGGCGCCGCCUCGUUCGUUCUCCUCCAUUUCUAGUCAUCUCUCAGCCCGACUGAAUAGGGCCGCGUCCCUCGUUGUUUAAAAGCUAAGUUUUUCAAGUUUCGUUCUCCUCUUAUUCUACGAAUUAUAGGUGUUGUUGUGCUAAGUAAAAGGCUAUGUUUGUUCUAUAAGUUCUGGUGUUCCUUUCUCUAUUCGCUUGUGAAUACAGAGUGCCAUGUAACUAAUUAAUCAUGCUCAUUAUCUACUGCAUUUCUAAUAUAUGAAGCAUGCUCUACUGAGAUAUGAUAUAUGUAUAUGAAGAGAGUGAACUAAGAUAGCGUGAAAUACCUUGAAUGGUUUUGUUGGUUGGUUAUUGUUUGAAUGAACUGAUACUUGAAAAUGCUUUGGCAGAGAAUGAUGAAGAGCAGUGCAGUCUUUCCUCUUUUUGCUAGGAACGUUUGUGGAAUGGGAGUGAGGAGAUUAUGCUUGGUGAUUUCUCGAUGGAAGGAGUAGAUUUGUUGCUGUGAUGAAGAGGGUGAAUAAGGAUGGCUUUAUACUGAACUUAAGGAGAGCUGAUUAGUGUGAAAAGAUGAUGAAUAGUGCGGCUAAAUUGAGGCGUGGUUGAAGAAUUUAAUUGAUGAGAUUUUCUGCUGACAAUUGAGAUUUGUAUGUUGAAUAUUUUCUUUGACUAUGUAGGAGUGAAAUAAAAACUAAGCACGGGUGAGAAUAGAGUGGCUGAGGUGGACUUGAAGUGUUGGAUGGGUGAGAAUAGCAGCACUGUAGGCUACAUACGGGAGUCGUGAUUAGUGAUGUGCUGCAAAGAUGCUUUCGAGAGUGGGGUAUUGAGGAAAAAGUUUAGACAAUCACUGUGGAUAAUGCUUCCAACAAUGAUGUGGCUGUUCGGAUAUUGAAAGAAAAUCUCUUGUUCAGACACACUUUACCUCUUGGUGGUCAAAUAUUUCACGUGAGAUGUUGUGCGCACAUUCUUAAUCUUUUGGUCAAAGAUGGAUUAUCUUCUAUUCAGGAUGUGAUCUCCAAAGUGCGUGAAAGUGUGAAGUAUGUGGCAGCAUCAGAGGCACGCGUGAUCAUGUUCGGUGAAAUUGCAAAGCAGUUGGAAUUAUCUUCGAAGAAGCUUGUCUUGGAUUGUGUAACAAGAUGGAAUGCAACAUAUUUUAUGUUGUCAUGUGCUUUGGAGUUCAAAGCCGUUUUUCCAAGAUAUCAACAAAGGGAUCCUUCAUAUACUACAUUGCCGAGUGAUGAGGAAUGGGAGAAAGUGCGCAUUGUUUGUUCUUUCCUUGAAGAUUUUCAUGAGAUCACUGAACUCAUCUCAGGUUCUGAGUACCCGACAGCCAAUCUUUUCUUGGUCAAACUUGUUCACAUAAAGUCACUAUUGACUUAUGAGAGUUUAGAUAAAGAUUCAGGUACCACAGCUACAUUUAUGGAAAAAAUGCUUGAAAAUAUGAAGUUGAAGUUUGAUAAGUAUUGGGGAUCUUGUAAUUUAUUGAUUUCCAUAGCGGCUGUUUUAGAUCCUAGAAACAAAAUGAAGUAUAUUGAGUGGUGUGCUGACAAUUGCUAUUCUGGCGUGGAAGGGAUUGAACUUAAAGUAACAGUUUUUGAGACAUUGCGAAACUUGUAUGCUGAAUAUGUAGAGGCUUAUAGAGUUAGUACUAGUACUACUAAUAUUGUGAGAAAUGCUAGUGAUGCUCAAACAGGAAGUUCUAGCAAUGUUAGUGGUGUUAGUAGUGUGAAAUCUAGUACAAGUAGAAGCCAAAGCAAAUAUGAAAGCUUUAGGAAAACUGUUACUAGUGUUGAUCAAAUGAAGUCGGACUUUGAUUUGUACUUUGAGGAGGCAGUUGAAGAAUGGAAUGAGCCGACUCAGUUUGAUGCAAUUGGAUGGUGGAAGAUGCAUAGGAUGAAGUAUAAGAUCCUAUCAAAGAUGGCUUGUGAUGUGCUAUCAAUUCCCAUAACCACAGUAGCUUCAGAGUCUGUCUUUAGUGCUGGUGGUAGAGUUAUUGAUCCACAUCGUGCCUCUUUAGGAGUGGAUACUGUGCAAAUGCUACUUUGUGCCGAAGAUUGGCUACGAGCUCGCUACGAGAUCAAGGGAAAAGCCAAGGACAAAGAGAAUACCAAAGAGAUCACUUUCACUUAAGCAUAUCAUCAAUAAAAUGGUAGUGAUGCUUUGCUAGAUUGGAGAGAAUCUACAAAAUCAAUGCUUCUCUUAUAUAGUAGUUUUUGGUGUGUAUGUUUGGACUUUUUAAUGUUCUUCUAGUUACACAAGACAUUUUAAUUGUUUGGAUUGUUGUUUAAAUUAUGUUAUUUUGGCAUGCAUGUACAUUUGUUAGAAUGAUUUUUAUUCGUAUUGAUGCUUGUUUUGGACGA